CGGUGUAUGCUAGCAAAAGCUUCACACACAUUAAAAAAAGGAGCAUGCUGAAUAAAUCGGUCUACGAUUUCUCUGCUGAGACACUGGAGGGAGUGAUGGUACCACUCGCCAGCUUCCAGGGUAAGGUGCUUCUUGUCGUCAAUGUGGCCACCUUCUGAGGGUCAACAAUAGAAGAGUACCAUCGACUGAAUGCACUCAUGGAAAUGUUCGGUGACAUCAACUUCACAGUACUGGGCUUCUGCUGCAACCAAUUUGGCCUUCAGUCUCCUGAGGGGAAUCAUGAAACCCUGAACAUCCUUAAGUACGUGAGACCCGGAAGAGGAUUCGUGCCAAGGUUUCCCAUUUUUUGUAAGGUGGACGUAAAUGGAGUUAACGAAGAUCCGCUGUUCACCUACCUAAAGGAAUCUUUACCCUUUGUGAACCCUGUCAUUGGCGACAUAAAGAAGUUCUAUUGGUCACCAAUCACUGUCAAUGAUAUCCGAUGGAACUUUGAAAAGUUUCUAAUCACCGCAGAGGGCAAGCCCUACAGAAGGUACGAACUUCACUGUCCAAUCGAUAAGGUGGAAAAGGACAUUGCUGAGCUUCUGUAAGGGACUCUUGUCAGUUGAUCAGCGGUGGCAGCGUGACGGUCCCUCGGUAAACGCACAUGUGUGCCCGAGCUGGAUCUGAUGAGGAAGAGGAACAGGACUCGGAGCAACAGUGCAUUCACUCUGGGAUCAAAAUCCUCUCCGCCACCAAUAGUAUAAAAUUAUAGUAAUACUAAUAAAUAUUAACAAAUUAAUGAAAGCGCUUCUAAGAAUCACUCAGUAAAUAAAGCAAUAUACUCUAACUAAUCCCAUUUAAUCUUAUUGGUAGGUUGUCAUAAUUGCACGCCCGGCUGGCUUGAGAUCAUCUCAAGGGUCAUGCCAGAAACUGACAACAUUUUGGAGGGUUUUGUCUGCACAGACCAUUCUUAUGGAUGGUAAAGUCCACCAAUUCUCUUAAAUAAAGCAAUGAAGGAGGAAUAUCAUACUUCUUUAAACUUGUUGCAUCAUAUUAUUAACCUUCCAUGGUUCACCAUCCUCCAUGUCCCUAUCAAUCUGUUUUAUGCCUUACAAAUCACUAAAAUCUCAAUCAAUAAAAAAA